AAAACCCUUUAGGAAACCUAAUUUAGACAUGGCAGAAUAUUUGGACCAACGCAAGCUUGCUUAAACUCGCCAAAAAAUGAGAGUCGCGGAUGCAAAACUGUCCACGUUCUUUGUUUCCUCUCGCUUAUUUAAUUGAACGAAGACAAGGGAGGAAUUGGAGUGGAACGAAUAGUGUGCAGGCGCAGGGGACAGUCAUAACCAUAACCAUGGCUUUGCCACUGGGGAAACUUGUCAUUGUGGUGGGGGCAGGUAUAGCUGGAUCAGUGCUUGUUAAUGAAGGGCGUAUUUCCAGAGUUUCAGACUUCUUUUCUGGUGCUUUUAAGGUUGUUCUAAAGCAUCUAAAGGAUGACGGUUCAUCAUCAAAGGAGAACUCAAUUGACAAUUCCUUGAUGGCACAGGUUAAUAAUCUAAGACAGGAACUUAACCGCUUGGCAUCAUCAAGGCCUAUCACUGUUGUCACGGGGAAUUCUCAAUCAGGUACCACUACAUAUGCUGCGCCUGUUAUCAUAGUUGGAGUUGCAGGUUAUGGAUACAUUUGGUGGAAGGGUUGGAAGCUUUCUGAUAUGAUGUUUGCUACAAAACGCAGCCUCUCAGAUGCAUGUGUCAGUGUUGGUAAACAGCUUGAACAAGUUUCGGCAUCUAUUUCGGCAGCCAAACGGCACUUGUCUUCAAGAAUUGACCGUGUUGAUAACAAUUUGGAUCAAUGUGCUGAGUUGAAUGCUGCUACCAAAGAUGAGGUAUUUAAGCUUCGUGGAGAUAUGCAAAAUGUUGGUUUUGAUGUUGAAUCUGUUCAACGUGCUGUCCAGGGUUUGGAGUUCAAAAUUGGCCGCAUAGAAGAUAAACAGGAUCUUACAAAUUUGGGUGUAUAUGAAUUAUGUCAAUUUGUCCGUACUAUAGAGGAAAGGAAACAAGCAGAGCGUGUCCAGAUUUCAUUCAGUUCCAAACAAGCUAUAGAACACCUCAACUCAACUUCCAGUCCUGGUUCAUGUCACCAGGCAUCUUCCUCUAAACCUCAGCUAGCCAUAGAAUUUCCAGGUUCAGCAUCAAGCUCUAGUUCAUCUUUCAAGGGGUCUUCCUCCAGCCCCAGGACUCCAGAACAAAGAAUACCAGUGUCAUGUUCCGCUGCUGGUCUGAAGGAGGUGCAGGGAAUGUCUGUGAUUGUUGAACCUUCUAGUCCACACAUUUUUGAGACCAAAGAAUGUGAAGUUGAACUUAAAGGUCACUUCACAAAUUUAAAUGCAUUUGGAAGGAAAAUUCCAGGAUUAGGGGCAGCAUUCUUGCAAAGAUCCCGAAGUGCAACAUGUUCCUUUAACAAGGGAUUGUCAUCAAAGCCUUGACAUGUGUUCUACUGGUUCUUUCGGCAUCCAAUUUUGUAGAUUGAUAUUUGAGUACGUUCACACAUGAAGAAUUUAACAGAAGCUGAUGGUUUUCACUACUCAAAUAAAAGGAAAUAUGGUCAUCAACUGUCACCUUGAUUGGUUCAAUAUGAAGUAAAUCCAAUCUUUUUCUCCCAGAAGAAAAAUAAGAUUCAUAUCAACUAUUUUCAUGUCUUCUACAUGAAGCCAGUGAUCUAUUAUUCUAGAACUUGGUUAGUUUCCAAUGUUUAAACUCUCUCUUUAUUGUAAAUAAUAAACUAUGUCGAAAUUUUUCCUUGUACACCUUGAUGCCUACUUGGAUAUGAACAUUUUAUUUAUAAGGUAAUUGUAUUUCAUUUAAUUGCUAACUAAUUUCUUCCUCUUCGCUACCA